UGGAGUCAAAAUCCAUGCCCCCUGCCAUUCGGAAGAACCGGGUCUAAUAUGCCAGUGACAUCUCCGCCUUGCAGCAGUCGCGAUGAAGGAAAAAUCCAAGAACGCGGCAAAGACUAGACGGGAAAAAGAAAAUGGAGAAUUCUACGAGCUGGCCAAACUCCUGCCCCUGCCCUCGGCCAUCACCUCGCAGCUGGACAAGGCGUCCAUCAUCCGCCUCACCACCAGCUACCUGAAAAUGCGAGCCGUGUUCCCCGAAGGUCUGGGCGACGCCUGGGGGCAGCCGAGCAGGAUCGGCCCUCUGGAUAACGUGGCCAUGGAGCUCGGAUCCCACUUGCUCCAGACUUUGGAUGGUUUUGUUUUCGUCGUGGCAUCCGAUGGCAAAAUAAUGUACAUUUCUGAAACAGCAUCUGUGCACCUUGGCCUGUCCCAGGUGGAGCUGACUGGGAACAGCAUUUAUGAGUACAUCCACCCCUCGGACCACGAUGAGAUGACCGCUGUCCUCACUGCCCACCAGCCCCUGCAUCCCCACCUCCUGCAAGAGUACGAAAUCGAGAGAUCCUUUUUCCUGAGGAUGAAGUGUGUCCUGGCCAAGAGGAAUGCAGGCCUGACCUGCAGCGGCUACAAGGUGAUCCACUGCAGUGGCUACCUGAAGAUCCGCCAGUACAUGCUGGAUAUGUCCCUGUACGACUCCUGCUACCAAAUCGUGGGGCUGGUGGCCGUGGGGCAAUCCCUGCCUCCCAGUGCCAUCACCGAGAUCAAGCUCCACAGCAACAUGUUCAUGUUCAGAGCCAGCUUGGAUUUGAAACUGAUUUUCCUCGAUUCCAGGGUGACGGAAUUAACUGGCUAUGAACCCCAGGAUCUGAUAGAGAAAACCCUCUACCACCACGUGCACGGCUGCGACGUUUUCCACCUGCGAUACGCUCACCACCUCUUGCUGGUGAAAGGCCAAGUGACCACCAAGUACUACCGGCUGCUGUCCAAGCAGGGAGGCUGGGUGUGGGUGCAGAGCUACGCCACCAUCGUGCACAACAGCCGUUCGUCACGGCCUCACUGCAUAGUGAGUGUCAAUUAUGUCCUUACAGAUAUUGAGUACAAGGAACUUCAGUUGUCACUGGACCAGGUUACCAUUUCCAAGUCACAGUUUUCAUGCAGAAACUCAGUACCUACCUCGCAGGAAACAAGGAAAAUAGUAAAACCCAAAAGUAAUAAAAUGAAGGCAAAACUCAGAACAACACCUUACCCACCACAGCAAUACAGCUCGUUCCAAGCAGACAAACUGGACUGCAGCCAGGUGGGGAGCUGGCGCUCCAGCCCCGCCGCCAGCGCCGCCGCCCUGCAGGAACAGAACUUCCAUUCAGAGAGCAGCGAGCUCCUGUACGCCCCUCCCUACAGCCUGCCCUUCUCCUACCACUAUGGACACUUCCCUGUGGAUUCCCACGUCUUCAGUGGCAAGAAGCAAAUGCUGCCUGCAAAAUUCGGGCAGGCCCAAGGGGCGCCCUGCGAGGUGGCACGGUUCUUCCUGGGCGCACUGCAGAGCAAUGGCGAGUGCCAGUGGCACUACGCCAACCCCCUGGUCCCCAGCAGCCAGUCACCCUCCAAAAGCCUUCCUGAGCAGCCAGUGAACAUCAUCAGGCACAACCUUGCACAGAGUUAUGAAGUGCCACUGUCCCACAGGAGGUACGGCCAGGAGGCCCUGCCCGAGGCCUACCCCGGCUGCACGGCGCCCGUGCCGGGCCGCUACAAAGAGGAGCUCUACGACCCUUCCCUCAUGAAACCCAGCAAAGCAGAGCCCAGGCUGCAGCCCCACGCCCACCUCAUCAAAGAGGAGAACAAGCUGCCUUUCACCAGAGAGCUGCCAGAGAAAAUGCCCGCCAACGAGGCCUCCUUCUCCAGCGCCCUGCUGCCCAAAUCCGAGUGCUGCCAGGCCAAGGCCGUGGGACAGCUCGGCCACCUGCUGCCCGUGCCCUCGGUCUACGAGCAGAGCAGGAGGAUUUGUGUCAAAGAGCCCAAAUUUGGGCACGUCAGCCACCACCCAGGCAGCCUGGAGGAGCUGGACGAGAGGAUGAGCGCCAAGCUGGAGCACGAGGCCGACGGCGAGCGGCUGAUGGAGGUGAGGCCCUCAGGCCCCUUCGUGCUCCUCAACUACCACCACGUGCUGGCCAAGCACGGGGCCUUCCAAACCUCGCCCUGCACGGCCGCGGGACACGCGGGGGAGAAUUGUUCCUACAGCUCCGAGGAAGUCAACGCCUUCCUCUACAAAAACCAAAGCCCCUCCUCGGCUUCCUCGCCAGAAACCCACAAGGAAUCUGCACUGCCCCACUACAUUGGGACCUCCGUCAUCAUCGCCAACGGCAGGUGACGGCAGCACGCGGCGGUUCUGUGUUCAGUGAAGAAGCCAAACUGUAAGGAUUUGCUUAAAAAAAAGGAAAAAAAAAAUAAAGCAUGAGGAAACAGAGUGACAUUUACUGAGCAAAGCUGGAGGGCAGUGAGGGACAAAGUGGUGAAGUUCCAGUGGGCAGGAAAAUCCCUCCGUCCCUGCCGUGCUUCGGUGUCCCAGCCAGGGACAAGCCAAGUUCCAGAUCUUAUU